UUUUCUUGAAUUUUUUACACUUUAAAGUUUUUUUUAAAUGCUUAGAAUUGCUGUUUUUGAUAUUUUUAAGUUGUUUUAGACAUUAUGUUACUUAGUUUUUUAUUUAAUUUUCAAAACUAUCUUAUAAUAACAGUUACAAUCUUUCAUGUUCACAUUUUAAUUUUAAUUAUCCAUUUGUAUUGCUAAAUUGGUGUUAUUAUUUUAAAAAAUAAAUCAUUCUAUAGUAUAGAACUAGUAAAGUUAGUGAUUUUUAUAUUUAGUUUUUAGUAUAUUUAUCAAUAGAUUAUAUAGUAUAAUGGUUAAGUGGAAUGAUGUGUGGUUGGAAAAGUUAGAUAAAAAUCUAGUGAAAAUCUAAUUAUGGGCUGAAAAAAGAAACUCUGAAUAUGCUAUCUGUAAACUAUGCAAAAGUGAUUUAAAAUUCAGUUCAGUUGGUUUCCAAGCACUAUAUCAGCAUUCUUCAAAACCUAAACAUAAGUCAGUGUCUGAUCUAAGAUUUUCAAAAACUGCUCGUCAUUUAUAUGUAGAUUCUAACAAAAACUCGAUUGGGGAAGAAAACGUUAUACAAUUAGAGUUCUCUAUAAAUGAAAAAAUUUCUGCUGCAGAAGCCAUGUGGCUUUUUAAAGUGGCAGAUAAUGAUCUUGCCUUAAGACAUUGUGACAACACACCGAUAUUGUUCCAAAGAAUGUUUCCAGAUAGUAAAAUAAGUCAAUGUUUUACUAUGAGUCGGCAAAAUCUUCAUAUAUUUUGCAAGAUGGCCUUGGGCCAUUGUUGGAAAAGCGUUUAUGUAAUAGUAUCGCGUUAAGUCAAGGUGCAUUCACUUUAAUGUUUGAUGAAACAACUACUUCACAACAAAGAAAACAAAUGGAUCUUGUAUGUCGUUUUUGGUCAGAAGACGAAAACCAAGUUGUGUUCUUUGGCAGAGCAACACUGUUGCUCUGCCAAAGAACAGCGAUUAACAUCGCUGUUCUUUGGCAGAGCAACAGCAGAAGAUGUCAAAACAAUGCUAGCAGAUUUACGUCAUAAUGAAAGGUUUUAUUUACCAUGGGAUCGUCUUUUUAAUAUUUCAGCAGAUGGUCCUAAUAUUAACAAAGCCAUUUGGAGAUUGUUAAAUGCUGAUCUUCAUAGUAAUGGUUUUAAUGGCUUGUUACCAUUUGUAAGUUGCACUUUGCACACAGUGCAUAAUGCUUUUCGAAAAGCAAUUAAUGUUGUCGGUGAGGAUGCUGAGCAGCUUGCAUUUGAUUUACAUAACUGGUUCAAGAAUGCACCCUGUAAAAUAAAAGAUUUUAAAAAAUUAUCAGAUUGCAUUUUUAUUGAAGAUGAAACAUUGUUUCUUCGUUUUGUCAAUACUAGAUGGCUCACUCUUUCUUCUUCACUUAUAAAGGUUCUAUUAAGGUGGGAAGACACCAAGAAAUAUUUUUUGGAAUAUAUUCCAAAACAAAAUUAGUAUAAAAAGACACUGACAAACAAUAAGCGUUAUAUUCGAAUUCAAAGAAGUCUUAGGGAAACUGAAAAUCUAAUUAAAGUUAUUCUUCUUAUUAUUUUUUUUUGAAUUAUUACAUAUAAUAGAGAAUUGAUUAUUUUAGGAGUUACUUGUGUCCAUCAAAUUCCUUAUUGGUUUAGCUCCCUUGUUUGAGAAAUACUUGACAAUAUUUCAAGAUGAAGGACCACUUGUUCAUAUUUUAUUUUAUAAAAUGAAAAAUCUUUUAAUAUCUUUAAUGAAACGUUUCCUUCAACCGACUGCUGUUAAUGGAAAGCUUACUAAAGAUCUUUUAAAAAUUGAUUCUUCUGAUUCAACUAUCCACCUUGGUUUGAAUAAAAUGGACUUUGGCGAGGAAGCUAAAAACCAGGUGAACAAAAUAUCAUGUGAAAAAAAAAGAUUUGUCUUCUUACAGCAAAUGAGAGAUGGAUAUAUAUCUGUUGUAAAACACUUGCAAAAAAAACUUCCACUUGAUUUGCAGAUAUUAAAAGAUAUAACUUGUUUGGGUGCUCAAAUGAGAUCAGAACCUUGGACUGUUAAUGCAAUUGGGCGAAUAGCAGUUAGAAUGCCACAUGUAAUUACGGAAAAGGAGGUAUCAUUUCUGAAAGAUGAAUGGAAAUUAUACCAAGCAGCUAAUAUAUCAAAAGACUGGUAUAUAGAUUUUGAUACAAAAAAACUAAAAAGAGUAGACCAUUAUUGGGCUAAAGUUUUUGAAAGUAACAAUGAAUAUGGAAAAACAAAGUAUGGGUAUCUCAGUAAAGUUGUUAAGAGCUGUUUAAUAAUUCAGAAUGGAAAUGCCAGUGCUGAGCGAAGUUUAUCUGAUAACAAAAAUACAUUAACUCCUGAGAGAGUAAAUCUAAAUGAUGAAACAUUAAUGGCUUUGAGAAUAUCAAAAGAAUAUGCAAGAAGUUGCAGAGGAGCAUAUAAUGUUGAUGCACUCUCCAAAGACUUUGUUCAAGCUGUUCAAAAUGCUCAUAAAAUAUAUAAAAAAAGAAAAGCUGAAGAAGACGAAGAAAAAAGAAAAAAUUAUAUUCAUGAGCAAGAACUAAUGAAUAAAGAAAAAGAGCAGAAAGAAAUGCUUGAAAAAGUUGAAAAUCAAAAUAAAAAUUUAGAUCAACAGGAAAAAAGUCUAAAGAAUGAUGAAAAAAAUGCAGAUCUUGAGUUUCAGCUUGCUCAGAGAAUGCUCGAUGAAGCAGCAAAGUCUAUGCAAAGUGCCAUUAUUAAGGAAGACAUGAUGGGUAUAAAAAUUGCCCAUGAAACGGUAAACAGCGCAAAAAUAAGUCUUGAAAAUGCUACAUCUCAUAGAAAUGAACAGAAAAAGUUGAGAGAAAAUAUUGGUUUAAAACGUAAAAGUGAAAUGGAUAGAUUAAUUAAGCGUUGCAAAAAGUUAAAGUAGUCGUUAAAAGUUUGAAAGUUUUUGUAAAUAUAAAAGAGCUUGAACUGUUAGUUCAGUUAUAAUUGUUUAGCAAAAUUUAUUUAUUUAUGUUAAUUAUUUUAGACUUUAGAAAAAACGUUUUAUUCUGUGUUAAACAACAAAAAGAUGUUGAGGUUUUCAUUUUUAAAAGAAAUUAUUGA